AUGUCGCAGAUGGAAUGCUACGAGGACAACCAAAAAUUCUCGUGCCUCUGCGGUGUAAACUAUGCUCAAACCGAGCUCGCAUGCAAAGCAACAGGUGUUGGAGAGAUGACAGGCAGCCGCAAUGACUACAGCUGUAUCGUUCCUGACGCCAAUGGCCGCGAACUCUUCCAAACUGACGCCUGCAUCAUUCCCGGCCGCAGUUGCGUGCCGAUCGAAGAACAAUAA